AUGCCUCCAAAAGGAAAAGGUAGGGUGAUCCCACCAAAGCAGAAGAGGAAGAUGGUUUUACCGCGUAAGGUGACUCAAGCAGCCAAGAAUGCACAUAAUGCAAGGCAUCUAGAACUAGAACAACAUGAUGUGGAGCAGAUGGAUGUGGAGCAACAAGAUGAAAGACAAGUGGAAGUGGAACAACAUGAUUCUGGACAAGUGGAUGCGGAGAUACAAGACAAUGAGAAUCCAAAAGAUCCACCUAUAACUAUGGUGGCAACUCCAGAUUUUAGGCCACAUGAGGCAAUAGAAACAUCUUUACAUGUCAGAGAUCCUUCCUCAUCAGCUCAAGGUUCACGACACAUGUCAGAUCCAAACACUCAAUCUGGUUCGCUACAUGUGCAAACCAGUGAUGAUCUGGUGCAAGAAUCAAGACACUCUUGUCAUGAGAUUCAUAAGACAACUGAUGGGAGGCCCUAUAUUUUUCCAUAUGGGAGAGGGUGGAACCCGUGUAGGGUGGCCUCGAGGGCCCUUACCAAAGUAAUUGAGUCACAAUUCCGUAAGGCAUGGAUUAGUUAG